UUUCAGCUCUAUUUCAGCUCUAUUUCAGCUCCUCGUUCAGCUCCUGCAGAGGAUGUCUGGCUGUGAUGAAAGAUGGUCGCAGCAACUGUCAGGACUUCCCAAGAAGCUCGUCCAGCGUCUGAUGCCGUUCCAGAGGGAGGGAGUGGAGUUCGUGUUGUCUAGAAAUGGACGGUGCAUGAUCGCUGAUGAGAUGGGCCUGGGGAAGACGGUGCAGGCCAUCGCGGCGGCGUACGCGUACAGGCAGGAGUGGCCCCUCCUGGUGGUGGUGCCGUCAUCGCUCAAGUACCCCUGGAUCGAGGAGCUGGAGAGGUGGAUCCCCGAGCUGCAGCCCGGAGACAUCAAUCUGGUGGAGAACAAGAGCCAGACCAUGGGCAUCGGCAGCAGCAAGGUGACGGUGCUGGGCUACGGCCUGCUCACCAGCGACGCGCGGGCCCUGGUGGAGGCGCUGACCCGGCAGCGCUUCGCCGUGGUGGUGGUGGACGAGUCGCACUACCUCAAGUCCAGGAACGCAGCGCGCACCAAGAUCCUGGUUCCUCUCAUCCAGAGCGCGGCGCGGGCCAUCCUGCUCACCGGCACGCCCGCCCUGGGACGGCCUGAAGAGCUUUUCAUGCAGGUUGAUGCUCUCCAUCCCAGGAGGUUCGGAACCUGGACAGACUACGCCAAGAAAUACUGCAACGCCCAUUACAGGUACUUCGGCUCCCGCAGACAGUGGGACUGCCGCGGGGCGUCCAACCUGACGGAGCUGCACCAGCAGCUGAGCCAGGUCAUGAUCCGUCGCCUCAAAGCCGAGGUGCUCACCCAGCUGCCCCCGAAGGUCCGCCAGCGCAUCCCCUUCGACCUGCCCAAAGACGCUGCAAAGGAGGCGUCGGCCAGCUUCGCGGAGUGGGAGAGUCUGAUGAAGGGCUUGGGAUCAGGGGCUGUCACAACAGACAACCCCUUCACCGAGGUCAUGGGCCUGGUUACUCGCAUGUACAAGCAAACAGCCAUCGCCAAGGCGGGAGCUGUGAAGGACUACAUUAAGAUGAUGCUGGAGGCAGAGCAGCUGAAGUUCCUGGUGUUCGCUCACCACCUCACCAUGCUGCAAGCCUGCACCGAGGCCGUCGUGGAGGCCAAGGUCGCUUACAUCCGGAUCGACGGCAGCGUGCCGUCGUCGGAGCGGAUCCAGCUGGUCCACCGGUUCCAGAACGACCCGGACACCCGGGUGGCCGUCCUCAGCAUCCAAGCAGCCGGCCAGGGUCUGACCUUCACCGCCGCCAGCCACGUGGUCUUCGCCGAGCUCUACUGGAACCCCGGACACAUCAAGCAGGCUGAAGACCGCGCCCACCGCAUCGGGCAGACGGCCUCCGUCAACGUGCACUACCUCAUCGCCAAGGGCACCUUCGACACGGUCAUGUGGUCCAUGCUCAACAGGAAGGAGGGAGUGACUGGCAGCACCCUGAACGGCAGGACGGCGCGCCUGAAGGCCGAUGAGGGCGACAGGGAGAAGUGGGAGUUCCUGAGCUUCGCCAACGCGUGGACACCCAGUGAGAUGGCGUUACCGCUGCAGGGAGACGCGGGGACCGUGGAAGACGACGUGUUCUUCACCCAUUUUGAGAAAGAGAAGCAGCACGACAUCCGUUCCUUCUUCUCCCCGAGCGGCAGCAAAGAGAAGAAGAGGAAGAGAACGGGAGACGGAGCAGCAUCCUCAGAGACGAAGGCAGACCUUGAAAACAGCGAGGAGAGGGAAGAAGGUUCCCAGGGCCGGGCUCCCGACUCGCCCGACCAGGACUUCUCCCCCAAGUCCAAGAGGCUGCGCACGCCGCGGGCCAGCCCGGCUCCCAGGGCCAGUCCGGCUCCCAGGGCCAGCCCGGCUCCCAGGGCUCCCAGUCGGGGGAGGAGGAGGUCGGUGGCGGGGAGCAGCGGCCCCGCCGGCCCCGCCGGCCCCGCCGGCCCCGCCGGCCCCGCCGGCCCCCCGACCUGGAGCUGCAGGGCCUGCACCUACUGCAACAGCAGCCUGCUGCCCUACUGCGAGAUGUGUGAGUUUCCUCGGUCGUCCUCGGCACCCAAGCCAGAGCCACCGGGGCCGGCUGAACCCCAGCACAUCCACGGCGAGCCGGAGCUCAGCCCAGGAAGAGCCCGGCCCCCGAGAUCACCCAAGGGCCAGGAGGAGGAGGAGGGGGAGGAGAAGGAUGAGUCUUCAGGAGACAAACAGCAGCUAGCAGAAGUGGAGGAAGAGGACAAGCGCUGGUUGGAAGGCAAACAUCCAGCAGGAGAGGGAGAUGACGGUGUCGCCGACCGCGAUGCUGUGGCGUGUUUGUCUUCACAUUCUGAUGCUAAUGGCGAUGAUGAGGGAGAUGGUGGCGGCGACGACGCCGACACCAGCCAGCCGGUUUAUCCAGGCCUGCAGUUCUGCGCCAGCCAGCACACCGACCGGAUAUAUCUGUACUCCAAGGAUGGAGCUGCGCUGAACCUGAGCUUCAUCCCCCUGGACAUCAGGCUAACCAACUGGGACGACCUGCCGGAGGCCUUCAGCCGGCGCCAGGAAAAUCGAAUGCAGGUGCUGAGGUUUGUGCAGGAGUGGAGCGGCCUGGCGGCCAUGAAGCAGAAGCUGCUGCGGCGCGGCGGCCUGCUCUUCCACACGCCCUCGCUGGGGCUGCAGCAGCUGGCCGCCGCCCAGCGGCCGCACUCCAGCACCAAGAGGUACCUGGGCAGGGAGGACGUGGCUCUGGCCUCGGCCGCCAAGGCCCGGGAGGAGGACGGCAGCCUCCGGCUCGUCACCAAGGACAACUUCUUCGCUAAGAGGCGCUCGGCCUCCUCGCUGACGCCGCCUGCUGCAGAGAGGCAGUCCUCUGUCGUGCCGGAGCGGCCGUCGUCAGAUCCAGGCUACCUACAGGCUCUGGACAGCGAGGGCGUCCCGCUGUGUCUCUCCUGCCAGCAGGCCUGCUCCAGUGCCGGCGGGGCGUGGGACACGCGCUUCUGCAGCCACAGAUGCCAGGAGGAGUUCCUGCUGCGGACCAGCCAGACCCACAUGCGCUCGCGGGUCCUGGAGGUGGAGAGAGGCGUCUGCCAGCACUGCGGCCUCCAGGCCCACGACCUGUUCGUGAAGGUCCGCAACGCACCGCCCGGCCAGAGGAAGGAGAUGCUGGAGAGCACGUGGCUCGCCCAGCUGCCAAUCAAGCAGCUGAACGAGAUGAUCCGAGCUCCGGUGGAGGGAGAUUUCUGGCAGGUGGACCACAUCCGUCCGGUCUACAGCGGCGGAGGACAGUGCUCCCUGGACAACCUGCAGACGCUCUGCACCGUCUGCCACCGAGCCCGGACGGCUCAGCAGGCCGGAGAGCGGCGCCGGAUGAGGAAGAGCGCCGCCGCCUCCAAAGUUGCAUCAGACAUCAGCAGGUUCUUCGUGAAGAAAUAAAGACACGGAGCAGUUUAGUCAAGGAGAGCAGAUUAGAGCUUGAGAAGGUGCCGCGGACCCGCCCCCCCCCUCUGGUUCUCCGGGGACGGAGCUGCUGGACCUCAUUACAGCAGAGAAGAUGCAGCAGAAGACGUUCCUACGGUAACGACUGCAGCGAAUGCAGAUCCAGCAACUCCCCGCGGCCCCCCAACAGUCCCGGGUGCCGCCGGUUUGAUUUAUGACGGCCCGUUUUCUGGCCCCGGGCUGAAGUGGAGCAGGUCGCUCGGAGAGAUGCUGCUAUUUUCAGAUUUUGCAAACUUGGUGGAAAGAAAAGACGAAGGUGGGAUGAAGGAAGGCGUCGCGGGAGGAAACCGGGCGUCCUCCACACGCGGCGCCUUGUUCAUCUUAGUUUGGGAUGGAUGAGUGCUGCUGAGUGAAAUAAAACCAUGUUUCAUCUUG